GCCAUAUCCACCAUUCCAACCAUUUAGUCCUUCUCGCCGCCCUCUCAUUCUCUCCACACACGCUGCAUCCUUCUCAGCUGCCAUUAAUCCACUGCCUUCUCCUGGUUGAGUUCUUGCCGGCCGGAUUUCUUCGGCCGACAUGGCAUCCAUCGCAGCGGCGACCGCUCCGGCCUUCUUGGGAGUGUCUGAGAUGCUCGGCACCCCACUGAACUCCAUGGCUGCAGCACGCGCAGCUCCGGCACCAUCGAACGCUGGGUCUUCCAAGAUCGUUGCGCUCUUCUCCAAGAAGAAGGCCGCCGCUCCCCCUCCCAAGACGAAGCCUGCCGCCGUCUCUCCGACCAAUGAGGAGCUUGCCAAGUGGUAUGGUCCUGACAGAAGAAUUUUCUUGCCGGAAGGUCUGUUGGACCGCUCCGAGGUUCCGGAGUACCUCACUGGAGAAGUACCCGGAGAUUAUGGCUAUGAUCCUUUUGGGCUAAGCAAGAAACCAGAAAAUUUCAGCAAAUAUCAAGCUUAUGAGCUGAUUCAUGCAAGGUGGGCCAUGCUUGGUGCUGCAGGUUUCAUUAUUCCAGAGGCCUGCAACAAAUUUGGUGCUAAUUGUGGACCUGAGGCUGUUUGGUUCAAGACCGGUGCUCUUCUCCUUGAUGGAAACACAUUGAAUUACUUUGGAAAGAACAUUCCUAUCAAUCUUGUUGUUGCUGUCAUUGCUGAGAUUGUGCUCCUAGGAGGUGCUGAAUAUUACCGAAUUACCAAUGGACUGAAUUUUGAGGACAAGCUCCACCCUGGAGGUCCAUUUGAUCCCCUGGGUUUGGCUAAUGAUCCUGACCAAGCAGCAUUGCUCAAAGUGAAGGAAAUCAAGAACGGGCGACUGGCCAUGUUUGCAAUGCUUGGUUUCUUCCUGCAGGCCUAUGUGACUGGGGAAGGCCCUGUGGAGAAUCUCGCCCGGCACUUAAGUGACCCAUUUGGAAACAAUUUGCUUACUGUGAUCUCAGGGUCUGCUGAAAGAGCUCCAACCCUGUAACUUCUUCCUACCCUCCUUCUCACUCUUGAAUUCCAUGCCAUGUAAACUUAUGGCAUUAUUCAGGGCAUUAUAAAAUGUCACUCUACUUCUAAACCAUGCUUGAUGUUAUGAGACUUUUGGCAGUGGUCGUGGUUUAUAUCUCAUUCUGUUUUUACCAAGCUUUUAAGGAGACCUGUUGGAUUUGUGACCUCUAUUCUAAGUAAAGGCCAUCUGGAGGGAUCUUGAGUGUUUAUAUA